AUGGUGACGCUCAUCCGCAAGAAUCUCAGGAGAUAUCCUGUUCCUCCUUCUUUCGAGCCGAGUGCUGCUGUUGAUGCUCAGGAAGCACACGGACAAUUUGUUGCCAAUGAAGACCCUCUUGUUCAAGAUUGCAGCUCCGGAAGUUUUGAUCCUCUGCCUUACACUCCUUACAAUACCUUCCCAGGUCUACCUACGCUAGAGGCGUAUUGUGAUCAGCCUCUCGAAUAUCUCGACAGACCUGUUGAAGGUCAAAUCGAAAACUGUCUUUACCCAAAUCCAUCAGUCUCAAUUCCUCCUGUCGAGCAAUUCCAACAACAUUAUCCUAUUGCACCGAAUUCGCCUCAUCAACCAGAAACCCAACCGAUCGCUGAGCCAUCCGCUACUGUCAACAAUCCCACUUGUCCAGAAUGUCAAAAAACAUUUGCACGUGUCUGUGAUCUGAACGUCCACAAGAAAUCACAUACCCUCCCUUUCAAAUGUCCCAGACCCUCAUGCAAAUCACUUGGUUUCCGGUAUCGCAAGGAUCGGGACCGCCAUAUUGCAGACAUACAUCCCGAACUCAUUCCUGGUGCCGAAAGAUAUUUUUGUCCUUUGGAAGGCUGUAAACACUCAAGGGCGAAAGGAAAGGGGUUCCCAAGGAAAGAUAAUUGUGCAAGACAUGUGAAGAAUUGUAAACAUAGGAACAAGUAG